AUGUCAUUUGACGAUUUGACGGACAACACAAGGUCUGUUAGGAACAUCCCGGGGGCAAAAUUUAUAGAACAUGUAACAGAAUUUUUACAAAAUAAAAAUGAGGAAACAGUUCUCCGAUUGGCAAAGGAGCUUUUAUUGAAAUAUAAAUUCAUGGAACAUACUUUUGUAACUAGACAGAUGAACACCGAGAAGAAAAUCCCCGAAUUAAAAGAUGCUCUAAAAGUAGUAAACGCUCUUUAUAAAAGAAAGGAGAUGAAUGAAAAUAAGAACUUGGAAUUGUACUUCCCGUUGGAAGAGUCCCUAUACGCCAAGGGAGUUGUCGAAAAAACCGAUUAUAUUUUACUUUGGCUAGGGGCUAAUGUAAUGGUUGAAUUUCCCUUUAAAGAAGCCGUAGAUUUAUUGAACCACCACUUGGACAGGGCGAUAAAUCUGUACGAAGAAAUGGACAAAGAACUCCAGUGGCUACAUGAACAAAUAUCAACCACAGAAAUUAACAUUUCAAGAAUUCACAAUUAUGUAGAGAUGAAAAAAAAAAAUAAAGGAAAAGAUGCUAUAGAAACACAGGGCUAA